GCGCGCGCGGCUGCGGAGGCCCGGGUGAGGCACCCGGGAGACCCCGGCCUGCCCGCCUCCCCGGCGCCCCGCGCUCCCCGUCGGAAGCCCUCGGCGUCCUGGAGCCUCCUGGUGUCGCCCCGCGGGGCUGCUCUCGUCCCAGGGAGACCUCAGUUCCAAGGUUUGGCUCAUGAUUGACAGCUCAGAGAGAGAAUUGGAGGGAGGAUGGAUGCAAAAGCUCGAAAUUGUUUGCUUCAACAUAAAGAAGCUCUGGAGAAGGAUAUCAAGACAUCCUACAUCAUGGAUCACAUGAUUAGUGAUGGAGUUUUAGCAAUAUCAGAGGAGGAGGAAGUGAAAAAUCAGCCUACCAAACUUCAACGAGCAGCUGUUCUCAUGAAAAUGAUACUUAAAAAGGAUAAUUAUGCCUACAUAUCAUUUUACAAUGCACUUCUACAUGAAGGAUAUAAAGACCUCGCUGCCCUUCUCCAUAGUGGCAUUCCUGUUAUUUCGUCUUCCAGUGUCAAAGACUCAAAUGGUGGAAUAACUUCAUAUGUAAGAACAGUGCUAUGUGAAGGUGGAGUACCACAGAGGCCAGUUGUCUUUGUUACUAGGAAGAAGCUGGUGAAUGCAAUUCAGCAGAAGCUCUCCAAAUUGAAUGGUGAAUCAGGAUGGGUCACAAUAUAUGGAAUGGCAGGCUGUGGAAAGUCUGUAUUAGCUGCAGAAGCUGUUCGAGAUCAUUCCCUCUUAGAAGGUUGUUUCCCAGGAGGUGUACAUUGGGUUUCAAUUGGAAAACAAGACAAAUCUGGGCUUCUGAUGAAACUGCAGAAUCUUUGUACACGGUUGGAUCAGGAUGGGACUUUUUCCCAGAGGCUCCCACUUAAUAUUGAAGAGGCUAAAGAUCGUCUUCGCAUUCUAAUGUUGCACAAACAUCCAAGGUCUCUGUUGAUCUUGGAUGAUGUUUGGGAUCCUUGGGUAUUAAAAGCAUUUGACAAUCAGUGUCAGAUUCUGCUUACAACCAGAGACAAGAGUGUUACAGAUUCAGUAAUGGGUCCUAAAUAUGUAGUUCCUGUGGAGAGUGGCCUAGGAAAAGAAAAAGGACUUGAAAUUUUAGCCCUUUUUGUUAAUAUGAAGAAAGCAGAUUUGCCAGAACAAGCUCAUAGUAUUGUAAAAGAGUGCAAAGGUUCUCCUCUUGUGGUGUCUUUAAUUGGUGCACUUUUACGUGAUUUUCCCAAUCGCUGGGAUUACUACCUCAGGCAACUUCAGAAUAAGCAGUUUAAGAGAAUAAGGAAAUCUUCAUCAUAUGAUUAUGAGGCUCUGGAUGAAGCCAUGUCUAUAAGUGUUGAAAUGCUCAGAGAAGACAUCAAAGACUACUACACGGAUCUUUCCAUCUUUCAGAAGGAUGUUAAGGUGCCUACAAAGGUAUUAUGCAUUCUGUGGGACAUGGAAACUGAAGAGGUUGAAGACAUACUGCAAGAGUUUGUUAAUAAAUCUCUCUUAUUCUGUGAUCGGAAUGGGAAGUCAUUUCGUUAUUAUUUACAUGAUCUUCAAGUAGAUUUUCUUACAGAAAAGAAUCGCAGUCAGCUUCAGGAUUGUGCAGUCUGUGAAAAUUUUCAGGAGUUUUUAUCUUUAAAUGGACACCUUCUUGGACGACAGCCAUUUCCUAAUAUUGUACAACUGGGUCUUUGUGAACCAGAGACUUCAGAAGUUUAUCAGCAAGCAAAGCUGCAGGCCAAGCAGGAGGUUGAUAAAGGAAUGCUUUACCUGGAGUGGAUAAACAAAAAAACUAUCAAGAAUCUCUCCCGCUUGGUUGUCCGCCCCCAUACAGAUGCUGUUUACCAUGCAUGCUUUUCUGAGAAUGGUCAGAGAAUAGCUUCUUGUGGAGCUGAUAAAACCUUACAGGUGUUCAAAGCUGAAACAGGAGAGAAACUUCUAGAAAUCAAGGCUCAUGAGGAUGAAGUGCUUUGUUGUGCAUUUUCUACAGAUGACAAAUUUAUAGCAACCUGUUCAGUAGAUAAAAAAGUGAAGAUUUGGAAUUCUGUGACUGGGCAACUAGUACAUACCUAUGAUGAGCACUCAGAGCAAGUCAACUGCUGCCAUUUCACUAACAGCAGUACUCACCUUCUCCUUGCCACUGGGUCAAGUGACUUCUUCCUCAAACUGUGGGAUGUGAGAUCAGCAAAUGAGAGGAAAAACAUUAAUGUGAAACAAUUCUUCCUAAAUUCAGAAGAGUCUCAAGAAGAUAUGGAAGUCAUAGUGAAAUGUUGUUCGUGGUCUGCUGAUGGUGAUAGGAUAAUGGUUGCAGCAAAAAACAGAAUCCUUGUUUUUGACAUGCAUACCAAUUGUAUAUCGGCAAAAAUCCAUACAGGCCAUCACAGCACCAUUCAGUACUGUGACUUCUCCCCUCAGAACCAUUUAGCAGUGGUGGCCCUGUCCCAGUACUGUGUGGAGCUCAUUAAUGGAAAAACAGGUCAGAUUGAUUACCUGACUGAAGCUCAAGUUAGCUGUUGUUGUUUAAGUCCAACUCUUCAGUAUAUUGCAUUUGGAGAUGAAGAUGGAGCCAUUGAGAUUUUAGAACUUCUGAACAGAAGAGUGUUCCAAUCCAGAACUGAGCGCAAGAAAGCACUACGGCACAUCCAGUUCACAGCUGAUGAGAAGGCCCUUAUUUCAAGUUCUGAUGAUUCUGUAAUUCAGGUUUGGAAUUGGCAGUCAGAGGAAUAUGUCUUUCUGCAAGCCCACCAGGAAACAGUGAAAGACUUCCGACUUUUAACAAAUUCAAGAUUGCUUUCUUGGUCAUUUGAUGGAACAGUAAAGGUAUGGAAUAUUAUCACUGGUAGAAUAGAAAAGGACUUUGUGUGUCACCAGGGUACAGUACUUUCUUGUGAUGUUUCUUCUGAUACUACCAAGUUUUCUUCUACCUCUGCCGAUAAGUCUGCAAAGAUUUGGAGUUUUGAACACCUCUCACCUCUUCAUGAGUUGAAGGGCCACGAUGCCUGUGUGCGCUGCUCUACCUUCUCUGUGGACAGUACCUUGCUGGCUACCGGUGAUGACAAUGGAGAAAUCAGGAUAUGGAAUGUUUCAAACGGUGAGCUUCUUCAUUUAUGUGCUCCGAUUUCUGUAGAAGAAGCAGCUGCUACCCAUGGGGGCUGGGUGACCGACCUUUGCUUUUCUCCAGAUAGCAAAAUGCUUGUCUCUGCUGGAGGAUAUAUUAAGUGGUGGAAUGUUGUUACCGGAGAAUCCUCUCAGACCUUCUACACAAAUGGAACUAAUCUUAAGAAAAUACAUGUGUCCCCUGACUUCAAAACAUACGUGACUGUUGAUAAUCUUGGGAUUUUAUAUAUUUUACAGAUUUUAGAGUAAAAUGAUUAGGCAUUAAUAUAGUUGACUUCCUUAAUGUUGAAUUGGAAAAAAAUAAUGAAACUGUAUAUCAACUUUUUAAAAACUGUGAAUUAUUUUCCAGUAUUGCAUUCAUUACAAGUGUUUAUGGUUGGGUGAGUACUAUUAAUGUAGCUUUUCCCCAAGUGGACAGACCUUUAAUCUUGGUUUUUAUAUUCAUCAUCUUCAUUAACUACUUGUCCUUAAGAUGCAAAUGAAAAUGUAAAUAUGGACCUUGUUAUACUGUUGGUAAAUUUUCUUGAUGCAUUCAAAUUGGUUGACAUAAUUAGAAUAAGUCGAAGGGAAUCUAUAUUUUAUAUCAUUGUGUAGGCCGUGCUCGAGGGAACAGUGUUACCCCAAUAUAAGAUAAUGCUAGUUCUCCCAAAUACAAUCUUGGAGCUUAUUUGUACUCCUUAAAUUUUUCUGAAACUGUUAAAGUCUGGGUACACAGCCUUCAAUAUUUCCUUUAAUUAACUCAGUAAGUGAACAUUGGAUUUUAGCAGCUCUUUCUAUGAAGCCAAAAUUAUGUGUACAGAGGCUUCCCUGGAGUUCCUGGCAGCCCUGUGCCAUAACUAGAUUUUAGUUGUCAGUACCUGAGUUGGGCACUAUUCUCCUCUAUCCUUCCUUCCUUCCUUCCUUCCUUCCUUCCUUCCUUCCUUCC